AUGGCGGCUGUGAUGGGUCAUGGAGGUGACGGUGGUGACGAGCCACCAUAUCCGUUUGGUGGAGGUUUUGGUGAUCACCAGAACGAUGGGGAUGUGGAGGCAGCAAGGGCUCAAGCCCAUACGGGUAUGGAUCGGCAGUGUUGGAAUGUUGCUAUUGACUGCUUCUUAACAGAAAAACAUCAAAAACGAUCCGCUGGAAACAAAGAAUGUCGGAAGAAGCAAGUAGUUAAGAAUCGUGGAGGGACGUGCAGCUACGGUAGUGCUUGUUUCAAGAAAACUCAUCACAUAGCCGACUCUGAUCCAGACACCAUUGAUUGGAUCAUAAUAUUUGAGAAGAUGUUGGGUACACAAAGGGGGCAUGUGAGAGGCAUUGGGCCUAAACCUUCUUCAGCUGCGGGUACAAGUGUUCCAUCUCAAUGGCAGUCACAGUCACAAGCACCUCAACCAACACAGACAGAAUUAGGGGCAUUGUUUGAAGAACCACUAGCAAAGGAUCCUAACUUAUAG